GGCCUCUGCCUGGAGCAGAGCGGACGGCGCAGCCGGAGCGGAUCGCCCGCGUCCCCACCGUCCAGGCAGACCUCUGACUGUUGGCGGGAGAGCCGGUGUCCUGGUGGCCCUGGCCAUGGAGGCCCCUCUGCAGACGGAGAUGGUGGAGCUGGUGCCCAACGGCAAGCAUGCGGAGGGGCCGCUCCCAGCCACACCCCCGAGCGCAGGUGGCCAGAGGGUCGAGGGCCCCGGCCAGAGCUGUGUGGAGGGCGAGGGCUUCCUGCAGAAAAGCCCCAGCAAGGAGCCGCACUUCACUGACUUCGAGGGCAAGACGUCGUUCGGGAUGUCGGUGUUCAACCUGAGCAACGCCAUCAUGGGCAGCGGCAUCCUGGGGCUCGCCUACGCCAUGGCCAACACGGGCAUUGUCCUGUUCCUGUUCCUGCUGACGGCCGUCGCCCUGCUUUCCAGCUACUCCAUCCACCUGCUACUCGAGUCCUCAGGAGUCGUGGGCAUCCGUGCCUACGAGCAGCUGGGCAGCCGGGCCUUCGGGACCCCAGGAAAGCUGGCGGCAGCCCUGGCCAUCACCCUGCAGAACAUCGGAGCCAUGUCCAGCUACCUGUACAUCAUCAAGUCCGAGUUGCCCCUUGUCAUACAGACCUUCCUGAACCUGGAGGACCAAACCUCGGACUGGUACAUGAACGGGAACUACCUGGUGAUCCUGGUCUCCGUCGUGGUCAUUCUGCCUCUGGCCCUGAUGCGGCAGCUGGGCUACCUGGGCUACUCCAGCGGCUUCUCCCUCAGCUGCAUGGUGUUCUUCCUCAUCGCUGUCAUCUACAAAAAGUUCCACGUGCCCUGCCCACUGCCCUCCAGCUUGGCCAACAGCACGGGCAACUUCAGCCUUGUGGAGGUCAGCAGGGAGGAGGCCCAGCUGCAGGGGGAGACUGAGGCCACAGCCUCCUGCAGCCCAAGCUACUUCACACUCAACACGCAGACGGCGUACACCGUCCCCAUCAUGGCCUUUGCCUUCGUGUGCCACCCCGAGGUGCUGCCCAUCUAUACAGAGCUCAAGGACCCCUCCAAGAGGAAGAUGCAGCACAUCGCCAACCUGUCCAUCGCCGUCAUGUAUGUCAUGUACUUCCUGGCUGCCCUCUUCGGCUACCUCACCUUCUACGGUAUGGCUGGACCAUGGGGGCAGAGGCGGAGGCCAGGCUGGGGGGCAAGGGGCUGGCCAGUGGCCAUGGCACCCUGCGCACCACAGGCACUCACUAGGUGUGUGACGCCUGACUGUGCCCGCAGCUGUGGAGCCGGCGUGGAGUCCGAGCUGCUGCACACCUACAGCAAGGUGGACCCGUUUGACGUGCUGGUGCUCUGCGUGCGUGUGGCCGUGCUGACAGCAGUCACACUCACGGUGCCCAUCGUUCUGUUCCCGGUGCGCCGCGCCAUCCAGCAGAUGCUAUUCCAGGAGCGGGAGUUCAGCUGGCUGCGGCACGCUCUCAUCGCUACCGGCCUGCUCACCUGCAUCAACUUGCUGGUCAUCUUCGCCCCCAACAUCCUGGGCAUCUUUGGGGUCAUUGGUGCCACGUCCGCCCCGUGCCUCAUCUUUAUCUUCCCUGCCAUCUUCUAUUUCCGCAUCGUGCCCACUGAGAAGGAGCCCGCGAGGUCUACCCCCAAAAUCCUGGCCCUUUGCUUUGCUGUGCUUGGCUUCUUGCUGAUGACCAUGAGCUUGAGCUUCAUCGUCAGUGACUGGGCGUCGGGGACGGGCCAUCAUGGAGGGGGCCACUAGGACGCCCCCAUCCCAUUUUCCCUGUCCGGACCCUGGAGCCCCAGUCCCCGUCAGGGGCAGUUGGGGAAGGAGAAAGAUGGGGCAGUAGGACUGCAUUUGGCCCUGCCCCACAUCCUCUCUGUGGAAGGAUUCUGUUAGAGCCGGGACCAAGGCCCUGCGGCCCCAGGGGCUUCCUGAGCGGGGAGCAGGUGAGGCUGUCCCCCUGCCCCCUCCCUGCUGCCCCAGAUCCCAGCCAAGCCCCUUAGCUCCCUUAAAUGGAUGUGCACUCUGAGGCCCAGCAGUCAGCAGUGGCCUCCUGAGGUCACACAGCCUGCAGGGGCACAGAGAGCUGGAGCCCAGGCCCGCAGCCCUGCACUCAGCCUGCAGCCCCACUGCCGAGCCGCAGUCUGCGCCCUGGGCUCCUGCCCCCCAAGCCCGCCUGCCCUCCCUCCUGUUCCCUGAGCCCCAUCUGAGACCUUACCCCCUCCUCCUCCACCCCUCCAGCAGCCCCACACUGAAGCCAGCAGUUUCUUUUGAGGGAGAGACUAGCACGGGCACCCCCAAGGGCCCUGCCCUGCCCCUUCACCAGCCCCGGGGGAGGCUGGGACUCCCCCACCGGCCUGGCCACGGCUCACAUUCCAGGGCUGGGGCGUGAGCCUCUCUUCCUGGGGCCAAACCCCCAGGACCAGUCCGGGCAGGGGUGGAGAGGCCCACAGCCCCUUUUAUAAAUACUAUACAGAAGA